AUGGGCAAGCAUGCAGCAGAUCUGAAUAUAAAGAUGCCCGAAGGAAAAGCAAAAUUCGAAGCCCUCCUUGCCGAAGUGGACAUUGUUGUGGAUGGCUAUCGACCUGGAACCUUUGAUAGACUUGGAUACGGCCCAAGGCAGCUGUCUGAGAUGGCCAUGCGACGAGGUAAGGGUAUCGUAUAUGUCAACGAGAACUGUUUUGGAUAUGAGGGCGAGUGGGCUCACAGGCCGGGAUGGCAACAGAUCGCCGAUUGUCCUGGUAUUAACCUUUCCGUGCAGGUCUCGGGUGUUGCGUGGGAGCAAGGGAAGUUCAUGGGUCUUUCAGAGCCUAUAGUACCUCCAUUCCCAAUAUCAGACUACGGAACUGGCUGCAUGGGAGCCAUUGCCUCUCUCAUCGGGCUUCUACAUCGAACAAAACGCGGUGGCUCAUGGCAUGGUCAAGUCUCUCUAUUACAGUACGAUCUCUUGCUCUUCAAAGCAGGGCUGCAUACGGAACAAGUUCAAGAACAGCUUCGACAAUUGAUGGGACCCGAAUUCCUGGCGCUGCGACACGGCAACAGCGUGGAUCAGAUCAGUGGCACUGCACUGCAACAAAUGCGCCGACAGUUUCCAACCUUUUUCACGCGCCCGAAAUUACUUGAUAAAUGGUACGCAGAUAAGUACAACGCCGAUGUUGAAGUAGUGAACCCGGUGGCCGAGAUCGAAGGUCUCGAAAUUGGUUUUCAGAGAGCUAGCCGGCCGAAUGGUUCGGACCUGCCUACGUGGGACUUUGGAUCUGAGGCAGAUGUUCGCAAAGGUUAUUGA